CGACGCAACUGAAAAAAAUGAUUUCUCUUCAAUCUCGGUUCUUUCGUGAUACUGCAUGAUUCGUAACAGAGAGGUGUCUCAUGAAUUGGAAUACUACAAUCAAAAAUCUAGGUACUGUUCCCGUUGUAGACCUAGACACCGGAACUUCUAUUUGUAGUACUACAUCAACAUCAUCCGCAUUUACAAAUACAAUUUUUACUGCAAUAAGCAAAGAUUGACCGCGAAGAACUCGACGAUUAAAAAAUGCUAUCGAGCGAAGUGGAUUCAAUACACGAUGACAGACUCGAUCCAGAGACAACAUCAUCACUGGAAGUCGCACUCUCUUCUAUGAGCCUCACAGAGGAAAGAAUGCGUGCGCGCUUGGUCUUGACAAAGCAGAGGUAUGCGGAAUUACUUCGGAGGUUACGAAGCUAUGCACUCACUGCGCACCAUGAUACACGGAUACCUUCGUGGGAGACACUCUUAAGGCUGUACUAGUAGUUCUCUUGAGCUGUACGUUCUCCAUGUGUUGCAAUUUCAAAUGUUUGGAACGUUUGGAACGCGGAGUUGGAGUACAAAUGAUGAUUGAUUUGAGUAGCUGUAAGCUUCUCACCAAUGUCCGCAUAGUAUAGGAUCCUCUAAAAUACCGAAGGAGUCGCUUUCCGGAAGAGCAACUGAUUCUCGAAUUCUGCGAGAACCUUACUCAUUCUCAUUAAUUGGGAACAGCAACAGCGCGAUUGAAGGUAACAAGAAGUCGCCUAGUUCUGUGGUUUAAUGCUCCUAGGCGGGAGGUGAGCUGGCUCCUAGGCGGGUUAGCUGGGUACAGCAUCAUCAUUCAGUCAGCACCCUGAUUGACUGGAGGCAAUGAUAAGAGCUUCAUAAUGACAACUUCUUGAUCUUGUGUUCCAAGUAGAGGGA